AAAAAUAUUUAUUUUAUUUUCAUCCUUUGCUUUGCGUAGACGCAUGUUGGGAACUGUCAUUCGCUUCGAAUGCGUGUAGUUCGAGGAAUUUAAUAUAUUUGCUUGUUUUUGUGUGUGUGUUAACUAGUGUUCUAAACUAGUUUUAUGUUCAUAUGUUACAAGUGUUAACUUAGGUUUGUUGCCUUUGCCAUUGGUUCAACUAAGUGGAACUCUCACCAUGUCUCUGAAGAUGUGCGGAGUGUUGGUUGGAGCCCUUCUGCUGGCCCUGCCUAUAGUUUUCGCGUGCAACGAGGCUAUUUGCGCCAGCGUCGUGUCCAAAUGCAUGUUGACCCAGUCAUGCAAGUGUGACCUGAAGGACUGCUCAUGUUGUAAAGAGUGCUUUAGCUGCUUAAGUACUUUGUACAGCGAGUGCUGCAGCUGUGUUGAUAUGUGCCCUAAACCAAAUGACACAGCAACUGCACUGUCAAAAAUAUCCUAUGUGGAAGAGCUGGCAGCCGACAGUGUCCCUGUCCUGUUCAGUAGUCUGACCAGUGAUCCAGACCCAGAGGAGCGGUGGCUGUCAAUCACAUACCCGGUGGAUCUUGACAUAUCUGCAUACAGGCCUGCUAAAGACAAUCAACUGGUGUAUCAUUUGCAGAGCAUAGAGCAGGAAGCGGAGCCGACCAGCCGCGACGUGGUGACAUUCAACUGCACCAUCGCGUACAUGGCGCAGUGCAUGUCCAGCGACAAGUGCCGGACACUGUGCCGGUCCAUGGGCGCCAGCAGCUUGCGGUGGUUCCACGAUGGCUGCUGCGAGUGUGUGGGCGAUAAAUGCCUGUCAUACGGCCUCAACGAGAGCAGAUGCCCAGGCUGCCCCGCCGGCAAGGAGGAGGAUGACGAGCUAGCCUUCGACGAGCUGGACUACGGAGAAGAAGUCAUGUCUGUCGCCGACGCCAAGCACAACUCCUAGCCUGUAGGACGUAAGAUCUGACCACGCCUCUUUAAGUGUAAGUCCUGACGCUCGAGUUGGGCGUGCAGCGGGGCGGGGCGUGCGUCGCUUGUGAGCCCGACGCCACGCUGCACGCUCCGCCGAACGCUCCGCUUCGAGCUUCCACUCAGGACUU